AUGUUCCUAUUCUGGUCCCUAAAGCAGCGCUGGCACCCACGAAGUAGGUACGACCCCAACGGCCGCCCUGGAAAGCGCAAUACGGUUGUAAGAAAAAAAGUUAUGGCUGGUCCAAACAGUAAGAAAAAAAAGUGUGAAGACGGAGAAGACUUCUCGGCCAGCUCUUCUGGCUGGUUACCAAGGGAUGCUGCAGCUGAGGCUAGCGUUUCGAGUGUAAAGGCGAAGGCGAAAAAAAAGCAAUGUUCCAAGAGCCAAUAUUCCAGAUCGAAUAGUAAAAUCAUCACUGCUUCAGAUACAGCCAUCGGUGGAAAUGUGGUUAACCAAAAAUGUACUGGCAACAACAUAGCUAAUCAGAGUCAGAAGAAACCUGUACCGGACUCAACAAAUAUUAAUGAUGAAAAAAAUUUUCGUAACCUGCUUCGUGAAUUUCUCGCUAUUGACAAUCAAUUUAUGAUGGUAUUACAAAUGCUAGCAGAUCUGAAAAAAGCCUACGGGUAUUGCGAAACGCCGUUGCAGUCUGUAGUGAACGUGAACUCUAAAGAACAGACUGUACCCAUCGCGUCUAAUUGGACGGCUGAAAAGGAAUUACAGGGUACACCCAGUCAGCCGAAUCAGUCUUUGGAUGAGUCCAAGCAGAAUGACAAUAACAUCAAUGUCGACGUAAAACCGGUUCCAAACAAUAAGACUCUAGCGACGCACUCGCUGACCGGCAAACCUUCAAAAGCGUUUCAAGACAAGCCAGUUAAGAUGAGACUGGAUCAGACAAAAAUUGCCGAUGUGAUCGCGGAAGUUAUGGGCAGAUGUAACGUUAGCAAAAAUUUAGUUAGGAGCAUCAUUGUAACUACAUGUGCAGACGAAUAUAAAAAGUGGAAAACUCGUUGUAAGAAGAACACUUCCAAAAAGAAGAAAAAGAGAGAAACCUAG